UUAGCUAGGGUAACUGGAGAUGGUCUGACGGGCUCGAGGCGGGUGCUUGCCCCCGCUCCAGCUUUAACCCACUAAUAGCCUGUCAGUCCUCAUCUCACACAGCACAAGGACGCGAUCCUCCUUAAGAUGUAAAUCCUUCCUCUUCCUCCCGCUAUACCCUCCAAUUUCAUAAGCUGAUUCCAGGCUCCAAAGGAGGGAGGGAGAGAAGGGAGGAGAAAAGCCCCUAGGGUGGGUAAAUUCUUCGUCAUACAGGAGUUAGAAGCAAGUGUCUUUCACUCUUUCAGCAGAUAUUGACAGGCACCCGGCUGUGCUGGGACAGAGGGACACUGGGGUGAAUUGGAAACCUAGUCCUUGUCCUCCUGGUGUCCCCAUCUGGACAUCGAGAAGUGGCCUGUUAAUCUCUACCUCCCGGAAGGAAUGGAUUAUGAAUCCUGCCCUUCAGGAAAAGGCCUUGAUUUAUUUCACUGUUUUUUUGUUGAUUAGUUGGUUGGUUUUGGUUUUGAGAUAAGGUCUCCUAUGGUCCAGGCUCCUUUGUUUUGCCUUGGUUUGGUUUUUCAAGACAGGGUUUCUCUGUGUAGUCUUGGCUGUCCUGGAACUCACUCUGUAGACCAGGCUGUCCUGAAACUCGGAGAUCUGCCUGCCUAGGCCUCUGGCCUGCCGAGUGCUGAGAUUAAAGGUGUGUGCCACCAGUGCCCAACUCGGUCUUGAACUCCUAAUCCUACAGGUAUGAGCCACCAAACCCAAAUUGCUAGCUUCCUUUCCCUCUUCCUUUUUCUUGAGGCAGGGUUUUCCAAUAAAGACUGGAACUCACCAUGUAGACCAAUUCAGCCUCAAGCAACCCUCCUGCUCCAUCCUGAGGGGUGUGACACCAUUUUGUUCUGUUUGCAAUUUGAGACAGGGUAGCCCAGGAUGUUCAAAGUUGUGGGUCCAAGUGGUCUACCCACUUCAGCCUCCCAAGUCUACAUACAGUACUGCUUCAUCAUUGCAGGUACCAGGAAAACCUUUUGAUUUUACCAGUAACUACUGAAGCAGGGAGAAGCAAGGCCCAGCAUCGGGGUCACAUUCCCCUUAAAAACUCAACGGGGGGUUGGAGGGGGUGGGCGACGAUUGGGUCCUGCCCUGCCAUUCUUUCCCUCAGCUUGUGAAAGGGAGUGGCCAGGAGUGAGAGACCAAGGAUGUACAGGAGAGUGCGACUGGCCUGGUCCCCAGGACUUGGUCAACCUUCCAAGGCAGAGGCUGGGGAGGGGAGCAGACCACUUGCGGGCUCUGGCCAGGCUGUGCCCAGAACUGGGACAUCCCAGGACCCCAGUCAAACGUCUCUAGGUUUUGGUAGCAGGGCGCAUGCUCUGGGGCAGACCAGAGAGGGGUUGAUCCAAGUUUGCCUCUUCGCCAUUUUUGUGCUGUGGGUCCUUAUUGUAGAAGGACUUCACUCAUGUCACGAUCAGGAUAAAAAGAAGGAACGUUGGGGCGUGUGUGUGUGUGGGGGGGGUGCCGACCCUUCCUGGCCUGUUCCCGGCUGCUUUGAUCUCUAUGCCUCUAUCCCCUCACUUAAAAAGAAGGGAACCUCUCAUCCAAGGCCAGAUCCGAGUCCCCAGAGCUCUUAAGAUGAGCCCCCUCGAGGGUCCAAUUCAAUUUGAGGGAGGCCUUGGAGAGGGUCCCUGGUGGGGCGCGCCCGCAGCACUGGCCCUACAGAAGCCCUCCCUCCCGGCGCGGCGGCCGCGCUCCUCCCCCGGUUCUGCCUCCCUCCCGCCCUCCUCCCCUCGCUCCCUCUCCCGCCCUUCCGAGCCCGCGCCGAGCCCGCGCCAGAGCCGGAGCCAGAGCGCGGGCAGCGCGGAGCGGGCGGCGGGAAGGUAGCGGUGUCCGGCGACCCGCCGCCCGGCUCAGUCCCCGAAAGACCCGGGCCCCGCCCGCCCGCCCGCCCGCCGGGGCCAGAGGGAGCCGGGGACGGUGCAGGCGAGCACCCGCCGCCGGGCUCCACCGUGAGCAGUCCGAGGUGAGCCCGGGAGGAGGGCGCGCCCACCGGAGGUCCAGCCCCGCGCACUCCGCACGGAGCUCACUUGUGUCCGGAGCCGCGGACGUACCAGGAGGCGUCGGCCGGGAGCCAGCGCGGACAGCGGGGCGACCGGUCCCGGAGGGCGCGGGGGAGCCGGGCAGAGCGGCCGCGCGCCGAGCCAUGCGCGGGGCGCAAUAGCAGGAGGCGCGGGCUGCAUGGAGCGCGCUGGGGCGCGGGGACAGCGCGGUGGCCGGCGCCCGCAUGGGCUCCCGCUCGCAUUCCGGCUGGCGCUGCUGCUGGCUGGGUCGCCGUCGGGCCGCGCGGGGGCUCCCGAGGCGCAGGAGCCCGCAGCCUCCAGCACCGCGGCCCCGGAGGGAGGCGACCGCUGCCGCGGCUACUACGACGUGAUGGGCCAGUGGGACCCGCCCUUCAACUGCAGCUCGGGUGUCUACAGCUUCUGCUGCGGCACGUGCGGCUACCGCUUCUGCUGCCACGACGGCCCGCGCCGCCUGGACCAGAGCCGCUGCUCCAACUACGACACGCCGGCCUGGGUGCAGACUGGCCGGCCGCCCGCCCGCACCCGUGACACUGCCGCCCCGCGCGAUCCGGGCCGCGAGCGCAGCCACACUGCGGUCUACGCGGUGUGCGGUGUCGCCGCGCUACUCGUGCUGAUUGGCAUCGGGGCACGCCUGGGCCUGGAGAGAGCGCACAGCCCGCGCGCUCGGCGCACGGUGACCAGGACACUGACAGAACUUCUCAAGCAGCCAAGCCCCCAGGAACCCCUGCCUCCACCUCUGGGCCCACACCUGGGUAACUGUGUCCAGGUACAAAUGGGUGAUGGUGUUCUUCGGGGUUCCCCCCUCAACAACACAGACAAGAAGCGCCUCAAUAAUGCACCUCUGGGAUCUGCUACCCCGGGCCCCCCGCGCGGCCCCCGGCUGCAGGGUGGCGGCAGCCUGGCCUUGCAGCCCGACUACACCAAGUUCGCUACUCUCAAAGCAGCAGCCCUCAAGGCCACAGAGGCUGCACCCCAGGACUUCUAUCAACGUUUUCCCUCUACCGAGCCGGCUCCGCGGACCCUCCCUGCGCGGACCCCGCGUCCUCCGGAGGACUUGCCCGCGCUGCUCGAAGCCUGUCCCUGGGCCCCUCCGGGUUACGUACCUCCCGCCGGCCCUGUCUCGUCGGUCCCCUAUGCGGCCUGGACCGCGGGCCGCCCCACGCGGCCGGUUCCCCGUGGCCACUUGGUGGCUCAGGUCUCCCCUGCGCCCCGGCGGCCCAGUCACGUGCCGCGGCGUCAGUUCAGCGUGGAGAAGCUGCCCGAGGCCUUCAGCGCGCAGCCCGCCACCUUUUACAGCAGCGCGGGCCGAGGGCCCCGGCACCUAAGCACCAACAGCAAAGCCGAGGUCACCGUCUGAAGCAGAACUGCUAGAGCCUUCUGCGUGGUCCUGGGCCCCAGGCCGUGGAGUGGCAGUGCUGGCUUCGAUCCAGGCGGGACUGGGGACAUUUGGAGCCUGUGGCUAAAGGGGCCAAAAGGGUAGGGCCAGGUGUUCUGCCCUUGGGAAUGUAGGGCUAUCCGUACCUGUGUAAAUAAACCCUCUAAUGUGGUUCCAGUC